AUGGGAAAAGUUCACGGAUCCCUCGCUCGUGCUGGUAAAGUCAGAUCUCAGGCCCCAAAGGUCGAGAAGCAGGAGAAGAAGAAGACACCAAAGGGUCGUGCAAAGAAGAGGGCGCAGUACAACAGGCGUUUCGUCAAUGUCACUUUGACACCCGGUGGAAAGCGAAAAGUCAACCCCCAGCCCGCUGGAAAGUCUGGUUAG